UCCUUCUCACCUCCUCCAUCUCUCCUCCCAGCAUGGAACUUCUCAGCAGCUUCUCUGGGGCUUCUUAGUCCUUCCAAAACCCCCAACACAGACCUCAGAGAGGAGCAGAGUCAGCACAAGGGAGGAAUUCGGGAUUAAUGAGAAGCAGCUGUGGGAUCUCCUCCUCCGAUCACUGGGAUCCCUCUUUGUCUGUACAGGGUACCAGGAUUUAUACAAAAAGGCUGGAAAUUUGACCACAGUUAGCGAUGAGCGUGCUUCCUCCAGUACGGCGAGACCGGGUAGUGGCAGAGCUGCCUCAGUGUUUCAAGAAAGAAGCAUGUCUUCACACCAGAGACUCAUUUCACUCCAAAGUGACCAGUGCAUGCAAACAGCAGAGAACAGGGACUGUGGGCAGAUUUAGGAUCUCCAAGGUUAUCGUGGUUGGUGACCUUUCAGUGGGAAAGACAUGCAUGAUAAAUAGGUUCUGUAAAGAUGUAUUUGAUAAAAACUACAAAGCGACAAUCGGGGUGGAUUUUGAAAUGGAAAGGUUUGAGAUCCUGGGAAUUCCCUUCAGUUUACAGUUAUGGGACACGGCAGGACAAGAGAGGUUUAAGUGCAUUGCCUCCACAUACUACAGAGGUGCCCAAGCAAUAAUCGUAUCCUUUGAUCUGUCAGAUAUUUCAUCUCUAGAACACACAAAGCAAUGGCUGCAGGAUGCAUUGAAAGAAAACGAUCCUUCCUCUGCGCUGAUUUUCCUGGUUGGAUCAAAGAAAGAUCUCAUUUCACCCUCUCAGUAUAUUCUCAUGGAACAGGAUGCAAUACAAGUGGCCAAAGAGAUGAAUGCAGAAUAUUGGUCUGUGUCCUCGUUAACAGGAGAAAAUGUGAAGGAGUUCUUUUUCCGAGUGGCAUCUUUGACAUUUGAGUGCAGUGUUCUGGCUGAGCUGGAAAAAACGAAUGCCAGAAAGAUUGGUGAUGUAGUAAGGAUAAAUAGCAAAGACAGCAAUUUGUAUCAAUCAAAGAAGAAUAAGUCAAAGUGUUGCCAGUGAUGCAGGACAGUCAAGGCAAUAUUUGCACUGAACAGCGAACCACCAAAGUGUUGCCAAUACACAAGAGAAGGACUAGUGGCCCGCUGUGUUCAAGCAGGUUAUCCAGGGCUUGUUUUAUUCCUAUAGCCAGAUAUGACAAGAGCAUUUUAUCCUUAUGCUGCCACAGUGGUCUAUAGUACAUUGCAGGACAGGGUGCUGCAAUCCAAUCUCAAAGGUUGUGAAGUUGUAUAUCUUAUACAGGGAUACUUAUAUAUAUAUAUCUAAAAACAUCAGCGGCUAAUUAUUAUUUUCAAAGUCAAAUUUGUAGCCCAACUGUACCUUUCUGACAAAUAUAGUGUUGUAAGACCGGGCAGCAAAAUAAACAUUAGUAUUUUUCUAUCA